GAGAAGACAGUCUAUGUAUAAAAUCUUCGAGAAGCACUCUCGGUUGCGAUGCUCGGUAAUCCACUCUCGUCCACACGUUUAAUACGUCGGUAAAAAGAGCAGUUUUUUACACGCGUUUUCCAAGACGUACGUAUCUCUCUGAGAUUGGGGGCGCGCGCUAUUAUCUGAUUUAAAAUUCGUCAGAGAGUCAAAAGGGUUGGGAAAGAUACAUACGCGACUUUUCAUCGAGGCUUCCUUUUUUUUUAACGUUUUCAGACUUUAGCCGCGUGCAAAAUCUUCAUCAUCUAGGCGCAACAAUUCCCCGAGCACCACCACCUGUUGCUUUUCCGAACGGUAAUUUUCUUUGAGGCGCGCGCGCGCUCAUCCCGCGAACACACACCACCAUCCCCUGUCGCAAGACAAUCGCGAAAAAGAAUCUCACGCGAGGAGAAGAAGCGAGAAGAAACGAUUUCCCCGGCGGAGAGAAAUUUAUUACGAAGCUGUUCAACAACAUGAAGCUACUUCUCGUCCUCUUUGUCGUCGCGACGUACUACUCGUCGCAUCUCGACGCGGCGUCGAUCAGCUCGGAGACCUUUGGUAAUAUGAUUCGACAGCGACUCCUGCACGGACUUCUACCGAGGAACUUUCUGCGACCCGAACGAUCCACGGAAGAGCAAGACGCCAGCGGGGAAAAACGAACUUGUUACAACUCACCUUGCGGAUGGGCGGUCUAUCACCCGACCACGCGCAACAUCGAAUACUACAUGAAGAACACCUGCGAGUGCCCGGACGACAGCUACAAGUGCGUGCGUUACCGCGAGGAUCUGUCCGCGAGCGCAUACGUCUACCGUUGUCGUCAGAAUACCACGGCAAAUGACAUCGUGUUGGAAGACGAGACCCACUGAGAAAUUUUUAACAGGACAGACGGCAUCUCGAAACCGGUGUCACUUCAGCGUUUAUCCGCUGAAUCGAUUAUUUAAACGAGGGAUUCCCAUCGAUCGGGUUACGGGGCGUAAUCAGAUCGGUCGGGGUUCACGUUGAAGCGACAUCGGUUCUCUUAUUUUAACAACAAAAAAAAAAUAUUAUAUAUAUAUAUAUAUAUAUG